UGACGUUGAAGUGGCGGACGAUCGCUGCGGUCCAUCUCGCUCUUUUCAAUUUCAUUUCAUUCUGUUGGUUUCGUUUUUUUGGCUUGCGUGUUGGGUUUUUGGUGGAGUUCCAGUUUCCAGUUUAUAUUUUAUUUUUUAAACGGCACUUUAUUGAGGAAAUCUGCAGCUGGAGAAGUGAAAUAAUUGGCCCAGAAUAACUUCUGCCAGUCGCUAGACGAGUGUUUAGUGAUCGACACAGAAAGUUACCAUUACUCAGCUCAGCAUCAACACAAUGGAUGCUCAAUAAGAUCUUCCCCACCAAAAGUCUGCAUCAGAGAACGGGGCUCGGGCCGCGGGCACGUACGAUCCGCGGAGUUAUCGGCACUUUCUCUCGCCGAUGCGUUGCGCCUCCACUAUUACUCAACAGACAGUUGUGCAAAGCGAACCAGUCGGACCUGCCGUCUCGAUGUUUCCUAACGGUAGUGCAGCGUGUGUUUAAGGACAGUUGAGUGUGUAAUGAACUAAUGAACAGUUGAUAGGUCAGUGGUGUUGCUGUGAGUGAGUGUUAUUGAAGAUGCGACGAGGCAGCGGCGGCGGCGGUGGCGGCGGCUGCGGCUGGGGCGGCGGCGUGCUGGGCCGCUGGUCGCUGCGCCGCCUGCUGCUCGACAGCCCCCUGGUGGGCAGGAGGCUCGCACAUACAGUGCUGGAGCAGGGCGAGGCGCGCGACCGGCAGGUGAAGCUGACGGCGGUGGAGGCGCCGCGCCAGCACACCUCCGCCGAGUACUAUGAGGACUACGAGGAGCCGGGCACGCUGGAGUGCCCGCUCUGCCUGGCGCCGCUGCCGGCGUCGAGCCUCGAGCGGCUGGCGUGGUGCGAGCACCGCUGCUGCUCUCCCUGUCUGCGCCAGUACCUCGCCAUCGAGAUCUACGAGGCGCGGGUGCCCGUCAACUGCGCCGUGUGCCACGAGCAUAUGCAUCCUGAUGACGUGAAGCGGAUAGUGGACAACCAGGUGCUGUACGAGAAGUACGAGGAGUUCUCCGUGCGGCGCGCGCUCGCCGCCGACCCCGACACCCGCUGGUGCCCCGCGCCCGACUGCAGCUUCGCAGUAGUAGCCACCGGCUGCGCGUCGUGCCCCAAGCUGUCCUGCCUGGCUCCGGGCUGCGGGGGCGCGUUCUGCUACCACUGCAAGGCGGCGUGGCACCCCACGCAGACUUGUGACGCGGCCAGACGUAGUAGGCAGCCGCAGCCGCGCGAGCCGGAUAGCGAUCAUGACCAUAUGGAGCAUGCGGGCGACGUGAAGCCGUGCCCGCGCUGCUCGGUGCUGAUCGUGAAGGUGGAGGACGGCUCGUGCAACCACAUGGUCUGCUGCGUGUGCGGCGCCGAGUUCUGCUGGCUGUGCAUGAAGGAGGUGUCCGACCUGCACUACCUCAGUCCAAGCGGCUGCACCUUCUGGGGCAAAAAACCCUGGUCUCGCAAGAAGAAGCUUCUCUGGCAACUAGGCACCCUGGCCGGGGCUCCUCUAGGCAUCGCCGUGGUGGCGGGCGUGGCGCUGCCGGCGUUACUAGUGGCGUUGCCGCUGUGGGCGGGCCGGCGCGCGCACCGCCGCCUGCGGAGGGAGAGGCGGGGGAAGAGGCGGGCGGCGGUCGCGGCUGCUGUUACUGCUGCUCUAAUAGUAUCCCCGCUAGUGGCGGGCCUGGCAGUCGGAAUCGGCGUCCCGAUUCUACUAUUCUACGUGUACGGCGUGGUGCCCGUGUCUCUGUGCCGCGCGGGCGGGUGCGGGGGCGGCGCGGGGGCGCGCGGGGGGGAGGGCGACGCUCAUAGUAUGCCGCCGUCGGUGGAUGAGGUACCGGAAAGGAGGCAGGAGCCGUCUAUAGGCGACGCGUCUCUGUCAGCGGGGUCGGUGAGCGUGGCGGAGGCGCGCGGCUCGCUGGGCGCGCUGGCGGGCUCGCUGGCCGGCGACCCCGCGCAGGACGACCCCGCGCUCUCCGUGCACCGAUCGGCUCUCCUAAAAAGCCUAUUCCUGUACGGGUCAGCCGUCCCGCCGGACGACCUCGAAGCCGGCCCGUGCUCGUGCCCGCCGCCGCAGUUCACGACCCAGUUCACGACCCAGGUCACGGCGGAGAUGGAGGCCCCGCGGUCGCCCUCCGGCCGCUCCGAGCCCUGCGCCUGCCCCUCCUAGCCCGGCCCCGCGCCCCCCGCCUCCCCCGCCGGCCGUGGAGGGAACUACUCGUGCAGUGAUUGCGAGCUGUAGGAUAUAGAUGGCGCCACUGCCAGUGACAGCUUCUCCUUCAGUGAAUACGAAGUGUAGGAUGUAGAUGGCGGUGGGGUGACAGGUGUGUAAGGCUAUUGCGUGUUACGGUUUUAUGGACAUUUUGAAGUGAACUAUAAAGGCUGUGUCCGCACAGUGAUAUUUCACCGCGUGGUUUUUUUCUCGCAAUUCUGUAACACAUUGAAUAUUAUGCGAGUAGCCGCACUGGCGGUAAAAAAUCGUGUAUAGGUGGGUACAGGCGUCGGAAUAUAACUCGCGAGAAUUAAUAUCGCGCGAUAAAAUAUCGUUGUGCGGACACAGCCUAAUGAUCUAUGUAUAGGUAUUUCUCACCGCGAUAUGAAAUCUCUGCGGCUGUCAUUAAUUAGUAAGCAUACUCCAGUAGGUAUAUAUACACACUGUUGUUAUGAAAUUAUGGUAAACUAAGAAUAUUCAUGUCUUCUACGGCUAUAUCUAGAAGGUGUUACUCAAAUUGCAUUUCGCUACUUUAUUUCAAAAGUUUAUCGCUUGUUAUCGAAAAUGUACGUAACUGUUUUGGUAUUAGUGGACGUUGUAUUAAAGUUCACGAUAGACUGAAUUAUGAUUAUUAUACAGAUGUGUAUAGAGUAGCGGUAAAUAUUGGCCACAUUCCAGUCAGAUUCUUUUUUGUAGCCUCUUGGGGUAUAUUCAUGGGGUGAGGGCGUAGGGCCCCGCUCCCGUGUCAUGUGGAUACUGCCAUGUGUCACCCGCACGCCCGACAAGGCAGCUUACUCAGGGUAUUAUUUUUAGUAUUCACAUUUAACGAAUUCGUCCAUCGCUUUGGAAACUUGAAUGAGCUCACUUGGAUUAUGAGCUUUUGUCACUUGCCAAAUUAAUAUGUAUAAAAUUUCCCACUCACCUAUUGUUUGCAAUACUAUACCCUUGUAUUUUUGUUGCCAACUAAUCAAUACAAUGUUCAUACUUGCACUUAACCGUAAAAUAUGUAAAAAAGAACUGAUUUAAGUAUAGUGGUGUUACAGCGAAUAAUUAGGAAUUAAAGCUUAGUAACAGGAGAUUAUUGUUUGUGUGCAGUCAGUUUCAUAAGCCAGAGACACUAUUACUGUAUGUUGCUUGGAGGAAAUCUGUGGCGGCAGUAAGGCCGACCGAGCAGAUAUCUGUGUGUAACGACAAUGUUAUGAUAUGAUAGAUGCUUCGCGCUUUACUAUUGCAAAGCAGUGCUACUCUAUCUGAUAUUUGUGAUACUUUUGAAUAAUAAUUAUUGUAAUCUAAAUUAUUUAAUUUUUCACGUUUGUAGGAAAAAUAGUGUAAGAUUGAAUGUUAUAUAAAUCAUAUACAUACGUAAGUGUAAACAAACUAUGAUGAUUAAAAUGUGAUUAAACAUUA